AUGGCCGACAACAAACGACCAUCCUCCAGCAACAGACAAGACGUGCCUGCCAAUGAAGUCCCAAGCGAUGCUGCUACGACAACAACGUCAAACAGUCAAUUCGCUAUCUCUCAAGAAGGAAGUUCUUCGGGAUCGCCUCAUGGGGACUCCUCAUUGCAACAUUCAGGCCAACCACGUUCAGCAGCUGCGGUUUCAGAAGAGGAACAGGAACAUGACCAACUUCAUGAGGAGGAGGAGGAGGAGGGUGAUAACGAAGAAGGGGAGCCUGAUGCAGUAGUGAUCCAUCGUCCACGCGCUGUACGCACCCCUCGUAGCAGAGAAAACCGAGUUCAACAGGAUCAAGCGGGUCAUGCCCAAAACAACUUUGUGCUCACUUGGGCCAUUUCCCAUUAUUACUAUGAGCACAAUCACAAUGUCCCUCGCAGUGGCAUGUAUCAAGAUUAUCUAGCGACAUGUACAGCACGCAACAUCCAGCCUGUUAACUGUGCUACUUUUGGCAAGCUCAUUCGCCAUAUCUUUCCUCGUAUUACGACACGUCGUCUUGGUGUACGUGGCCAAUCCAGAUAUCAUUAUUGUGGUAUUCGUCGUCGUAUGGAUGCAUCCCCUCGUCUCAUUCCAACAGAUGCCGCUACCACCACAUCAACAAGUGAAACAUCCACAUCCAGUGCACCUGUUAUAUCAACAACAUCACCCACAAGAACUCGCCAACAACGUCGACGUGCUGUUUCUACAACCUCAAGCCCUUAUCCAAUCACCACCCCAUCUUCACGUCAUGCACCAUCAUCUGCCCUUGUUCCAAGUGGUGGCAGCAGCGUGAUUCAAGACACAAGAUCACCAACACACCCUCCUACUUUUGUGCUUGUUAAUACACCACCACCACGCAUGACCACGGCCUCUUUGAACAACAACUACCAGCAACAACAAUCUUCUUCGCGAAAUCCUCAAUGGCGUCGUAACUACACAACCACCUCGUCGGUGUCAGCAAUCGCCUUCAGAUAUGAAGACAACAACGAGCCAAUCCACCUUGCAUCUUUUGCACCGCUCCAAUUUUCCACUCUCAAGGACAAUACGAUCGCACAUGAAUUUUCGCAUGCAUAUCAGCAACAUUGUCAAGAGAUCCUUGAUUACAUCCGAAACAAUCAAAUUGACGAGCUGUUUGCUGGUAUUAGAUCGUUCUAUCGCAUGCUCCCUGACCGAUUCCGAAAUGCCAUUCGAAGCACCCCAGACAUCACAGAGGCUGUAUGGCGAUGGGAUUGUUCCCUCUAUGACGCCAUUAUUUCAAGCGUGAUUCCAAAGGUGUAUACACCCACCCCAUUCCAUACCCUUGAUCGCCUACGAACGUAUACUGGAGAGUUGCUACCAUGUAUUGAGGAAUCGCUACGAAGUCAUUAUCCCGAGACCUUUGUGAUGAAAAAGCUAGGAGUCGCUGAAGUCUUUGUGUCCAAAUUUCGUCGCCACCUUAAGCUCAACUUCUUGGCCAACGACGUCGCAGCGAUGAUCAUGGAUCUCCCAACAGUGGAAAACAUGCAGCAUGAUUGGACUACGAUUGACUUUGACAAUGUGGUUGACCAGUCCUAUUGGCUAUGCCAGUGUGACCCAAAGCAAAUCAAGCAUAUUCUGCAAUUUGAUGUUUACAACUUGCUAUCCACCAACGCUGAUCUUGAUUGCUGGAUUACUUGGCUCAAAGGCAUUGUCCAUCGAUUCCUGCGUAUCCCGACACAACAGGCGGCCAAUGAUCUAAACGACUACAUGUCUUACGCCAGGGAAUUCAUUUUCAAGUGGACAUACCUAACCGCACUGCUCAUCAAAGAUCUCAGCGCCAGCCAUGCUUCUAGCGAAGAGAGUUUCCGGAUCAUGCAAUUGUUCUUUGACGACUUGGUUCUUUAUCUUGUGGAGCAGAAAUUAUCAAAGAUGGCUCUUUGUUGGCAUUCCUCGCAAGAUUCUACAGCAGCUUCAUCUCCACUACCACGACCAUCUCCAUCCAAUCCUCUUUUUACACCAUCUCUAUCGGUAAAACGAUUGCCACCAUCCAUUGGAGAUAGCCCCUUUAUCGUAUCUUCCGGAUCCAAUGAGAACACCGGUGUCAUUGCCAAGUUGGCCGAACCACCUACAGAUGCCACUGAUAAACCAUCUUUCGAAGGAGAGACCGCUUGA